AGUUGGACAAAGCAGCUGAUUCAAUGGCGUAGAGUCCUACGUCGACUAUCGCAUCGAUAUGUUGUGAAUUUAUGUGACCCAAAUUUGCGUGAAUUUCAGAUAAUGUUGAAGUAAUUCAUGACAUGACAGCCUUAAAGCAAUAUGAAUGACGUUUCAAAGUCACAAGCUCUUGAAUCUGAUAAUUAUCAAACCAAAUCAAAAAAAAAUUCUGUGUCAAAUUCUAAGAAAAGAUUAGAAGAUGACGAUCUUGAGAAAGUCAAAGAUAAGGGUGAAAAGAGGACAAAACGAAGGAAAGCUAGUGACUCGACCAAGAAACUCAAGAAAGAGGAUCUUGUUGAAGGCAAAAGCGCCAGCCGGAAUUCAUCUGCUACACCGGACAGCGAGCCAAGACAAGACCAGUCAGAUUCCCCUAUUACAGAUGAUGUAUUUGAAGGUUCAAACAGCUCGCUAGAGAGCAAUGAGGUUUUAUCCAUGGGUUCACUAUUGAAAUCAGUUCUAGACCGUAAAAAGAAACUUUUAUUGGAAUCAGAUGAAAUACAGCAGUUUUUCAAGGAACACAUGGUGAAGCAAGAGCGGUGGGAUGGUCCAAGUUAAUAACUCCAUUCCUUGUUGAAUAACAAUCUGCUGUGAUAUUACAACUGUUAAAAUUUUAGUUUUGUUUGUUACAAAAUAUCGUACUUUUAAAAUCUUGACAAAAUCUUGUACAUACUUUUAAAAUCUUGUUUGACUCUGCCUUUCAUUUAAAAUGUUUUUUGUACUAAGUUACCCUUACUCAUUGCACUGUAUUCUUUUUUCACUGAGAAAUAAUAGUCAUCCUUUUUUCUGUA